AGCCGCAAUUCCGAAGACCACCACUAGAUGGCAGCAGAGCACGGCUUUAUUAUUAUUAUUCACUACAGGGGGAAGUGAACCAAGCUGGAACGCAAACACGGAAGUGAUAGGAAUCAAUGAGACCGGAAGUGGUUUGUGGACGGGCUGUGUUUACAAGAAAUGUCCUCCCUGUGAGCGAACACCAGAUGGACCCCAUUCAAAGUCAUUGUGACCUGUUGGUGUCCUUUGUGCAAUCAUCCAUCCAGCUAUCAGAUUCUUGAGAUGUCACUGGGAACAUUUAUAUUUGAUCAUAUGUACAAAAAACCUGAAAACUAAAGAAGACUGAACAAUAAUCUAAACCACAUACAAAACAUGAUGAACAAGAUUCGAUAUCGAGAAGGACCCAUACACCUGAAGGACUUGUACACACACCUGGGACCCACACUCCUGAAGGACCUGCACACCUCCCCAGGACCUACACACCUGAAGGACCUGCACACACCCCCAAGACCUACACACCUGAAGGACCUGCAAACACCCCUAGGACCCACACACCUGAAGGACCUGCACACACCCCUAGGACCCACACACCUGAAGGACCUGCACACACCCCUGGGACCCACACACCUGAAGGGCCUGAACACACCCCUGGGACCCACACACCUGAAGGACCUGCACUCCUCCCCGGGACCUACACACCUGAAGGACCUGCACACACCCCUGGGACCCACACACCGAAAGGACCGGCACAUACCCCCAGAACCCACACACCUGAAGGACCAGCACACACACCCUGAACCACACACCGGUCCGGUUCAUGUUAAGGCAGAACCGCUCUCCUAUGAUGGAGGCCACCCCUUCUCACAUCAUAGACCAUAUACGUAUUUUCAUGUUAAGGAGGAACCAACCUCAUGCUGUGAAGGAAAUCUCUCAGACUUCACCGAUCACUUACAGUCUCCUCCAAUUCAUAUUAAGAAAGAUUUAUUCCCACUUGAUGGAGGGCAGUGCCCCGACCCCAGCCUGUCUUUUCCCACACGCUAUAUGCAAUAUCCAUUCUAUCGUAUUAAGGAAGAACCCGUCUCAUAUGGCGGAGAACACCCAACAGACCAUUACAUUUAUACACCCACAGACCAUAACCAACAAUGUCCAUCUACUAGGAAAGACGGACAUUUUGGACAGAAGAUGACCUUUGACGCCCAUCAGAAAAUCUUCGCUCAGCAGAAGUCGUACUCAUGCGAGUGCGGGAAGGGAUUUACCCGUAGAACCCACUAUACGACCCAUCAGAGAAUUCACACGGGAGAGAAGCCGUUCUCCUGUUCCGACUGCGGGAAAAGCUUUUCUCAGAGGUCGUACGUUGUGUCACAUCAGAGAAUUCACACCGGGGAGCGACCCUUCUAUUGCUUGAAUUGCAGUAAAAGUUUUCGAAUAAAGAGUAGUCUGAACAAGCAUCUGAGGACUCACAAAUUCGACAACCCCUACACCUGCCCUCUGUGUAUGAAAACCUUCAUGCAUAAGGGGCAUUUUGUGGCCCAUCAGAGGAUUCACAUGGAGGAGAAGAGGUUCUCCUGUCCGUACUGCGAUAAGGCCUUCAUUCAUCACGGACACUUUGUCGCUCACCAAAGAAUCCACACAGAAGAGAAGAGGUUUUCGUGUCCUUACUGCGACAAGUCUUUCAUCCAUCACGGACAUUUUGUGGCUCACCAGAGAGUUCACACUGGAGAGAAGCCGUUCCCGUGUUCCGAUUGUGGGGCCCGUUUCAGCACUCACCAUAACCUGGUGGUCCAUCAGAGACUGCACUCCACUCCGGCCGGCAACUUUUUCUGAUCGUGGAUUAUUCUUUUGAGAAAAAUGUUCUUGUGUCCUGUAGACGAUGGCACUGAUGAUGACUUAUGGCGGAUGAAUCAACCUACUCUCCAGUUUGGGAAAAUGAGGGUCUCUAAUAAUAAACAGUUAGGUUUUAAAACAAACUGUUCCGAACGCUGGAGCUGGCGCCGGGAG